AUGGCGUCCUCUACUGCUGUGCCUGUAGGAUUUCACUAUGAAACAAAAUACGUAGUUCUCAGCUACCUGGGACUUCUGUCACAAGAGAAGCCACAGGAGCAUCCUCCUCCUUCAACUCAAGGGACUCAACAACAGGUUAUGGCACAACAUGCUUUGGAGAAAGAGGCUUUGGAGAAGAUUAAAAUAGAAAUUGAGGAGGAGCUAAAACAUCUUGAUGAAGAAAUCUUGGAAGCAUUUACCACUACAGGAUUUGACUGCCACACUUCCCCAGUGUUCAGUCCUGCCAAUCCAGAGAGCUCAAUAGAAGACUGCCUGGCUCAUUUGGGGGAGAAAGUGUCCCAGGAGUUGAAAGAACAUCUGCAUAAAGCACUGCAGAGCUUGCUUAGCAAGCCAGUGACAUAUCAAGAAUAUCGGGAGCGCACACAAGAGAUAGCUGCUCAUGCCAGUGGAUGGAACAAGGUCUUGGUACCCCUGGUUCUGCUACAACAAUUCCUGAUAGAGUUAACGAGACGGGGCCAGGAACCGCUGAGCGCACUUGUGAACUUUGGGGUGACGUAUCUAGAAGACUAUUCUGCAGACUAUAUCAUUCAACAAGGAGGAUGGGGGACAGUCUUUACUUUGGAAUCUGAAGAGGAAGAGUACCCCGGGCUCAUCGCCGAGGACAGUAACGACAUCUACAUCCUGACCAGUGACAACUCGGGACAGGUGAGCCCCCCGGAGUCCCCCACAGUGACCACGUCCUGGCAGUCGGAGAGCCUGCCCGUCUCCCUGUCAGCGAGUCAGAGCUGGCACACAGAGAGCCUGCCAGUCUCCCUGGGACCCGAGUCCUGGCAGCAAGUGGCCAUGGAUCCUGAAGAAGUCAAAAGCCUGGACAGCAACGGAGGGGGUGAAGAGCGGAGUGAGAACAACUCUUCCAACUCAGAUAUUGUUCACGUGGAGAAGGAAGAGAUACCGGAGGGAAUUGAGGAAGCAGUGGUGUCAGCUGUCGCUGCAGAGACCAUGCAGGCAGCGUUUCCAGAAACCCCUGCUUCCUUACAGGAAGAAAAACCUCAAGCUGAAGUUGCUGCUGUUGAAAAAGCACAUCCCUCUGUGCUUCUGCGUACAAAACAGGAGGAAAAGGGAAAAAUGGCUGAAGAGCUUGUUGAACCUGAAAUCCCCGUAUUGAGUAAACCUGUCCCAAAGUUAGCCCCAUCAGAAGAAAAGGCUGUACCAGAACCUGAGAAAAUACUGCUUCUGGGGGAAAAAAAAGUGGGGAAAGAGGGCCGUUUGGAAGAAAUGGAAGAGAAAUCUUCCACUGCAGAGGAGAAGCCUAUCUUAUUGCCGGAAGGGAAAUCUAUAUUGCUGUACGGUGGGGCUGCUGCGGUAGCUAUAUUAGCUGUAGCAGUCGGAGUAGCACUGGUGCUUAGAAAAAAGUAACGGAGCUCUCUGGAGGAGGAGGAGGGGGGAGAGAGAAGAGAGCACGAUCCAGUUUUUGUAGUUGUGUUACCUAAAGGUUGAGCUGCCUGCUGUUUAAUUGGACAUUUGAGUAACUUAAUGGUGAUGGGGUGAGGUCGUUCAAUAAGCCUCCAGCUAUGGACAAUCACGUUUUUAGUAGAAUUGGGGCGGGGACUGGUUUUUCGUGAUUAAAGUACAGGGGUAUUUUUUAAAAAAAAAAAUAAAUCUGCAAAUUUAAGAACUUAAGU